CUCUUACCCACAGCCCACAGGUCUCCUCCCCCAUGGCGGAUCUGCUGCCGCUACUGCCCAUGGAUCCCUCCCUCCUCCCCCCCGCCCUCGCUGCCCUCGCGGUCCUCCUCGCCCUCUACAUCCGGUUCCGCGUCCGGCUGCCCCCCGGCCCCCGCCGCUGGCCCGUCGUCGGCAACCUCUACGACAUCAAGCCGGUCCGCUUCCGGUGCUUCGCGGAGUGGGCGCAGACGUACGGCCCGAUCAUGUCGGUGUGGUUCGGCACUACCCUCAACGUGGUGGUGUCCAGCUCCGAGCUGGCGCGCGAGGUGCUCAAGGAGAAGGACCAGCAGCUGGCGGACCGCCCCCGCUCCCGCUCCGCCGCCCGCUUCAGCCGCGAUGGCCAGGACCUCAUCUGGGCCGACUACGGCCCCCACUACGUCAAGGUCCGCAAGGUCUGCAACCUCGAGCUCUUCUCCCCCAAGCGCCUCGAGGCGCUCCGCCCCAUCCGCGAGGACGAGGUUACCGCGAUGGUCGAGUCCAUCUUCCAUGCCUGCUCCCACCCUGAGAAGAUAGGGAAGAGCUUGGUGCUGAAGGACCAUCUCUCGGCGGUGGCGUUCAACAACAUCACGAGGCUCGCGUUCGGGAAGCGAUUCGUGAACCCGGACGGUUCUACCGACGAACAAGGAGUGGAGUUCAAGACCAUCGUCUCUAACGGCCACAAGUUUGGUGCCUCGCUCUCCCUCGCCGAGUACGUCUCGUGGUUGCAGUGGCUGUGCCCGCUCGACGUCGAGGCCUACGACAAGCACAGCGCUCGCCGGGAUCGCCUCACCAAGAUCAUCAUGGAGGAGCACACGCAAGCUCGGUACAAGGGCGGCGCCAAGGAUCACUUCGUCGACGCGCUGCUCACGCUCAAGGACCAGUACGACCUCAGCGAGGACACCAUCAUCGGCCUCCUUUGGGACAUGAUCACGGCGGGGAUGGACACGACGGUGAUAUCAGUGGAAUGGGCGAUGUCUGAGAUCGUGAGGAACCCGAGGGUGCAGCGGAAGAUCCAGGACGAACUGGACCGCGUCAUCGGGCAGGAGCGGAUCAUGAACGAGACGGACUUCGCCAGCCUCCCCUACCUGCAAUGCGUCGUCAAGGAGUCGCUCCGGCUGCACCCCCCGACCCCGCUCAUGCUUCCACACAAGGCCAACGCCAACGUCAAGAUCGGCGGCUACGACAUUCCCAAGGGCUCCAACGUGAUCGUCAACGUCUGGGCCAUCGCCCGUGACCCCAAGACGUGGAAAAACCCGCUCGAGUACCGGCCCGAGCGGUUCCUGGAAGAGGACAUCGACAUCAAGGGACGCGACUUCCGGGUGCUGCCGUUCGGCACCGGCCGCCGGGUCUGCCCCGGGGCCCAGCUGGGCAUCAACCUGGUCACCUCCAUGCUCGGCCACCUGCUGCACCACUUCAGCUGGACUCUGCCGGACGGUGUCAAGCCGGAGGACGUCGACAUGACGGAGACUCCGGGGAUGGUCACCUUCAUGCAGACUCCCUUGCGGGCUGUGGCCACGCCGAGGUUGCCGUCCCACCUGUACCUGCGCGUUCCUUCAGAGAUAUGAACCCCUCCUUUGCUUCGAUAAGGCUGUGUUGGUUUGGGGGAGAAGCAAUUACGGAGAUUGUUUGAGUUCUCAUCACCGUGACAGACUAUUUAUUUAUACUUGUAUUAGUUGAUCGUGAUCUUUAAUGUACUUUAUGUUGGGAAUGUGUUAUGUAUGUGAUAAAUGUAGCACAAUGAGUGCCCAAAUUUGAUGAGGUAUUUGUUCAAGCAGCAUAAAUGGAGGGAGCUGCUGAAACUAUUUCACAA